GAUUUUUGAACAGUGGAGACUACGAAACGUUUUCAGUCAGCUCAAAAUCAAAACAACGAGUAUUUCGCCGCGGCGUAGAAAAUUAAUUCAUGUACUCAUAAUCUAAUGGAUUAUUUUGUAAUAUAGUGUGUUAAAAAGUGUAAUUAAUUGAACCUUGCCGCAUCUUCAAGAUGACAGACGAAGAAUCCACGUUCAAAAAGCCGUCGAUCGAUUUGAAGCUACUCAGUAAAAGUCGCAGAGCAGAACUUCCGGCCUCUGCAUCGACGGCAGAUGUUCCUGAACCGACGGCAGCGGAAGAACCACCAACCCAACAGAGAGAACAGCUGCUCGCAAGUGAUUCGAACGAGAUUCCUCCCAUUCCGUACAAGGAACCUGCUUGGUCGCAAAAGUGCGAUGCAUCUUUACAGUACAGUUUUGAGGUUCUCAAGAAUGGUGUGAUUAUAGAAAAUGUUAAACAGCUCCAGAACAAAGCGUUUUGGUUGUUUGGUCGUCUUCCGAAUUGCGAUAUAAAUAUGGCCCAUCCAACUAUAUCCAGGUAUCAUGCGAUUCUACAGUACAGAGGAGCUGAACAGGAAGCAGCUGAUGUCGAUUCCGAUGAAGAGGAAGAAAGCAAAUCGCUUCAUGUUACCAUUGAGCCGGGAUGGUAUCUUUAUGAUCUCAAUAGCACCCAUGGAACUUUUCUUAAUAAGCAACGUUUAAAGCCGAAGACAUAUGUUCGCGUCAAGGUAGGAUAUAUGAUUAAGCUUGGAUCGAGCUCGCGUGUUUAUAUCCUGCAAGGCCCAUCAGAAGAUGAAGAUGAACCGUCCGCAAUGACCAUCACGGAGAUGAAAGAGAUGCGCCAAAAACAGGAAAAACUUCGAGAGGAAAUGGCUGAGAUUGAACGGCAAGAGAAGGAGCGCAUAGAAAAGUUGAAAGAAUCGGAGGGAAUCAAUUGGGGAAUGGCUGAAGAUGCUGACGAGGAGACUGAUCUCGCUCACAAUCCCUUUGCUGUGACCAACAAUGAAGAACUGUUCUUGGAUGAUCCCAAAAAAACUUUACGCGGAUACUUCGAGAGGGAAGGCCACGAUUUGGACUACAAGUUGGAAGAAUUGUCGGUGGGCAACUACGUCUGCAAGGUUGAACUUCCCGUGGACGACGAUUUUGGGAGACCGAUUGUGGCGGAGGUAACUCAUAAGGGCAAAAAGAAGGAAACUGUCGUGCAAUGUGCACUCGAGGCCUGUCGCAUACUCGAUCGGUAUGGAUUGCUCCGGCAAGCAACUCACGAGCCACGGCGCCGUCAUAAGAAAACGUCCGAUUCGGACGACGACGACGAUUUCCUUGAUCGGACGGGAGACGUGGAAAGACGUCGUCAACGAAAGCAACUCAAAAAUUCAACUGAAGUUCACACGUAUGAAGAUCUUAUUCGACGCGAGUCUGAACUUUUAGAGCGACUUGAACAGAUUGAAGGGAAAAUACAGCAGCGGCAAAUGAUUGAAAAGGGGACCCGGUUACCGGAGAACGACGACGAUGUGGAUGAUUUCUUGACAAAGCUAUCGGAGGACAAGCCCUAUGAUAAGUUUGAAGUUCGCCGAUUGAGAUUAGAGAAGGAAAAGCUUUUAAAAGAUCAUGUUACACUUCAGAAGCUUAUCAAAAUAGCUAAACCUUUAGAACUUCCAGGUAUGAGCCAAGGGCCUUCAAGCUCUGGAAGUAGUAAAGACGAACUCAAGAAAAAGAUGAUGCCACUAUUCGGCAAACGAAAUAAAUUAUGCAAGACGUUCGGCAUUAAAAAGUCAGAAAUAAAAGUUGGUGGUGCUACUAGUUCCUACGGUGACGAAGUCGAAGAAGAGGAAGAUGCUGAACAAGAAAAGGACGAAUCUAGGGUUGAGAAAAAACAGGAACCUGAAAAGGUGCAGUCAGAAAUGAUACCAAAGAAAGUUCAGGGGCCUGUUUUUAAUCAAGAGUUACUUGAACAGAAUUGUAAAACAAUCAAGAGCCCUGAAGAUAUAGAGGUAUCUGCAGCCAAGUCACAAACUCACCAAGACGAACAGUCUUCACAGUCAGAAGGUAACAAAAAGCGAAGAAGUGAAACGGAGCUAGAAGAUUCAUCAUUGUCGUCUGCUGUUGGCAGAAAGAAGCGUAGUCGAAAUCGUACCCGGGAACGGAAUCGAGACAAUGUUGAUUUUGACGACACGGACGAGUUGCAGAGCGAAGAGAAGAAUAUUGAGUGGGUUCCACCUCAGAACCAGACUGGCGAUGGAAGGACCUCGCUUAACGAAAAAUUCGGCUACUAGGGUACUCCAUGGAAAGGUACCGUGAGGGCCCCUAACUCUGCGCAGCUCCUAACUCUGCGCACUUUUACCAAAAUCCAC